UUUGUCUAUGCCGUAUUUGCGCAUGCACUAUUAUAUAGCCUCUCUAUUUAUACCAGUUGUUAAAAUGUGAAAAUUCUAAUUUCGGUUUGCAAUCCCGUCGCUUUCUUCCUUGGGAGGUCAGACAAGAAUCACAAGAGAUAAACAAACAAUGAUGUUUGCUGAUCUUCCAAGUGAUUUAGAAUCUGAAAUACUCUCUAGGGUUCCUGCCACAUCUCUAAAAGAAUUGCAAACUACUUGCAAACGAUGGUACACUUUAUUUAGAGAUCCAAGAUUCGUCAAGAAGAACUUGGGUAAAAAAGCAGCAACACAUGUGAUCUUUAAUGAUCUUCGGGGUUAUCCAGUGACAGAGAUGAAUACUCUGAUCCAUAGCAUCAAUCUCCGUGGAAUCCAAAACAGCUUUGAUUCAUCCAUUGGGGUCGAUGUUAAACUUUACGAGCUAAAGGAUCCAGAACAUGAUAAGAUACGUUGUAUUAUCUCUCACUGUGAUGGUUUAUUAUUGUGCACUACCAAGGACAAUAAUAGUAGAGUCGUGGUUUGGAACCCUUGUACUGGUCAAACCAGGUGGAUCCAAUCCAAUAUGCUCAUGAACAGUUAUGUUCUAGGAUAUGUAAACAACAGCAACAUUAACAAAUCUUGCCGUAGUUACAAAAUCUUGGCUUAUGACUAUCUUCUCACCUCCCUAGCUUAUUCUCUUGCUAAGUUUGAGAUCUAUGAGUUCAACUCUGAUUCAUGGAGAAUUCUUGAUGAGAUCUCUCCUGAUUGUUUCAGACGUUCCGAUGGCGUGACUUUGAAGGGAAAUGCUUAUUGGUUUGGUUCAAAUCUAGAAAGCAAAUCCAUACUCAAGUUUGAUUUCACAACAGAGAGAUUCGGACGUCUAUCGCUUCCUUUUCAGAAUAAUUAUCGAAGUGUGUUUCUAUCAGUUGUUAGAGAAGAGAAACUUGCCUUGAUACAACAGAGGCUUGAUACAGAUUCAUUAAAGAUGAAUAUAUGGGUGACCAAAACUAAGAUCGAUGAGGACAAAGACUUGUCUUGGAGCAACUUCUUAGUAGUGGAUUUUGGUAGAUUUCCGUUAACAAGUGAGACGUUGAGUUACAUGAGUUUCUUGGUGGACGAGGAGAAUUAAAUGGUCGUGUGUUCUUCAGAGAUUAGUCACAUUGAAAAGAAGAUUAGAAUUUACUUUGCUAAAGAGGGUAUACAAGUUCAUCAAAAGAUUGCACGGAAACCCAAAGGUUGUUGUCCAUUUCUCGUCAGCUAUGUUCCAAGUUUGGUUCAAAUUCAGUGAGGUAAUUUAAGUAAUCCUGCAUGCAGAGGAAAACAGGUUAUUAAUCAAUUCAAUGACCUAGUAUUUUUUUCUAGUGAUUCCUAAAAUAUGGUUGAUUCUGUUUAGUUGAUAAACAGA